AUGGACACAGCUCCACUUCUCACGGCCAUCGGGGGCCUUCCCGGGCCAAACAUCUUGCAGGACCAUCCUGCUUUCUUGCGAGCCUGCCAUUCGCCAUGGCGUUUCAUCCCCCAAAACAUCCUCGUCAUCCUUCGAGGCAUUGUUCUCGCCUUCAUCGUGGCCACCGGCGUCAUGGUCACCCACUACAAGCUCAGCGAAGAGUCGGAACUCACCAACUGGCGACACUUUUUCGACUUUUCCAUCGUCAGCUUCAUCAUGGUGUUCCUGUACCAUCUCAUCACCUUUUCCUGGACCUUCACCCACCUGUACUACCCUCAUCGAGAAGACUGUGUGGGCGGCAUCGAGUCAUGGAUUGUUGCGGCCAUGUCCCUUCCCCGCAACAUGGCUAGCCUUCGGAAACAGUUCUACUUCACCAUGUUCUACACCGCCACUGUCGUUGCAUGCUUCAUGAAUUCAACCAUCUACUGGCUCAUUACUCGUCAACGUGACAUUAUUUUAUGGCCGUACUCGUCUCAUUCGCUGACCGCUUUUACAGUCAGCGACCUGUUUGGUGAGGGGUGGUUCAACGCAUUUGUAAUCGUGGCUCUGUAUGGAAUCACAUCGGCGAUCAUGGCAACUGAGGUGUUUUGGCUCAACAGCAUCAAGCGCCCCAUCGCAAUCGGCUCUCACAUCCUCGGGCUUCUCUUCCUCUCUGGUCUUUAUCUGGGUUGGGCUGCCAUUGGCAAGAUCGUCACAGACUGGUACCCAUUCUUCUGGCUCGAUGAGGACGAAGUUGGCUCCCAAGAGGCCGUGACCGCCUACUGCAUUGGGUUUGUUCUCUUGGCGCCCAUGAUGUACACUCUGAUGCAAGGAUUCGUCGGCAUUCGCGAGGGCCUCACCCGAUCGCUGGCGGAGGCGCGCGCAGUCGCCGCCGCCGAGGAGGCCCUGGAUGAUUGA